CAUUACUGGUAAGGAGGAUUCAAACUUCCGCCAGUGUCAUGGCGGCGUGGUGGUGUUUCGGAUGAAAAAAAGAGCAAAUAACAACCCGCCCCCCUCCUCACGGCCCUGGAGACGGACUUCGAGCGUUAACGGGUGUCCAAAGGCAGAAAAAAGGGGGGCAUUAGCAGAAAGAAGAGUGAAACUCGGCGGCUAUGGCGGCGCACAAACCCGCCGAGUGGGUUCAGGCCGUUAUUAACAGAUUCGACGAGCAGCUUCCGGUCAAAGUUGGACAACAGAACACCCACACCAAAGUCAGCACGGAGCACAACAGGGAAUGUCUAAUAAACAUCUCUAAGUACAAGUUCUCUCUGGUCAUCAGCGGCCUCACAAACAUACUGAAGAAUGUGAACAAUAUGAGAAUAUUUGGGGAGGCCGCAGAGAAGAACCUCUAUCUCUCCCAGCUCAUCAUCUUGGACACACUGGAGAAGUGCCUUGCGGGGCAACCGAAAGAUUGCAUGCGUUUGGAUGAAACCAUGCUUGUUAAACAGCUGCUGCCAGAGAUCUGCCACUUCAUCCACACAUACAGGGAAGGGAACCAAUAUGCAGCCGAACUGCGCAAUUCUGCCUCCGGGGUGCUAUUCUCACUCAGCUGCAACAACUUCAACGCUGUCUUCAGCCGCAUCUCCACCAGAUUACAGGAGUUGACGGUGUGCUCAGAGGACGCUGUUGAUGUUCACGAUAUUGAGCUCAUCCGGUACAUUAACGUGGACUGUUCCAAACUCAAACGGCUCCUGCAAGAGACGGUGUUCAAAUUUAAAGCCUUGAAAAAGCCCGCUCAGCUCAGUGUCAUCUACAGCCUGGAAAAGGCGUUCUGGAACUGGGUGGAGAACUAUCCAGAUGAGUUCACUAUGCUGUACCAGCGACCCCAGACAGAUAUGGCUGACUGUGCGGAGAAGCUGUUUGACCUGGUGGACAGUUUUGCUGAGAGCGCGAAGAGGAAAGCAGCCGUCUGGCCACUGCAGAUCAUCCUCCUCAUCCUCUGUCCCAACAUCACACAGGACCUGUCACGAGAGCCAGUGGAGGAGACCAAGGUUAACAAGAAACUGUUUCUGGAGAACCUGAGGAAAGCUCUGGCAGGCCAUGGGGGCAGCAAGCAGCUGACCGAGAGCGCAGCCAUCGCCUGCGUCAAACUGUGCAAAGCCUCCACCUACAUCAACUGGGAGGACCACUCCGUCAUCUUCCUCCUGGUGCAGUCCAUUGUUGUGGACCUUAAGGCUCUCUUAUUUAACCCAGCUAAGCCGUUCUCCCGUGGUGCAGGCAGCCAGAGCGCGGACGUAGAUCUGAUGAUCGACUGCUUCGUCUCCUGCUUCCGAAUCAACCCGCACAACAACCAGCACUUUAAGGUCUGCCUGGCAUCAUCUUCACCUCCCACCUUCCACUUUGUCUUGGUGAACUCCCUGCACAGAAUCAUCACUAAUUCUCCGCUGGACUGGUGGCCUAAGAUCGAUGCUGUGUACUGUUAUUCUGGCGAGCUGCGCGCUAUGUUCGCCGAAACGCUUGGCCGAAUCAUACAAGGCUGCGGCACCCACACUCCGCUGCGCAUGACUCCGAGUCUGACGUUUAAGGAGAAGAUGACCAGCCUGAAGUUCAAAGAGAAAACAACGGACCUGGACACAAGGGGUCAUAAGUAUUUGCUGCUGGCCUUGGUCAAGCUCAUCCAUGCUGAUCCCAAACUAAUGCUACAUAAUCCAGGGAAACAGGGCCAAGAGAUCCAGAGCAGCACAGCAGAACUCAUCACAGGCCUGGUGCAGCUGGUUCCUCUCGCCAACAUGGGGGACAUUUCCCAAGAGGCCAUGGAGGCUUUACUAGUUCUGCAUCAGCCAGAGACCACUGAGCUGUGGAAUCCAGACACUCCUAUGGAGACCUUCUGGGACAUCAGCUCGCAGGUCCUUUUCUUCAUCUGCAAGAAGCUCAUCGGCCAUCAGCUGAUCAACAGCACAGAGAUCCUGAAGUGGCUGAGGGAGAUCCUCAUCUGCAGGAACAAGUUUCUCCUCCGGAACAAAGAGCGAGCCACGACAGGCAGCGCGAUCCCCAUCUGCAGACAGGCCCAGACCAAGCUGGAGGUUUGCCUCUACAUGUUCCUGUGGAGCCCGGACAUGGAGGCUGUGCUGGUGGCCAUGUCCUGCUUCCGUCAUCUGUGCGAGGAGGCGGAUAUCCGCUGCGGUGUAGACGAAGUACCCGUGCAGACCAUCCUUCCCAACUACAAUACCUUCAUGGAGUUUGCCUCUGUCAGCAACAUGAUGGCAACAGGUCGCUCAGCCUUACAGAAGAGGGUAAUGGCUUUGCUGAGGAGGAUAGAGCAACCCACACCUGGUAACACAGAGGCCUGGGAAGACACGUAUGCGAAAUGGGAGCAUGCCACCAAAUUAAUUCUUAACCAUCCAAAAACAAAGCUGGAAGAUUGUCAGGAAUGGAUCAACAUGACUGGUUUCCUAUGUGCCCUGGGUGGGGUCUGUUUGCAGCAGAGGAACACACCUGGCCCAGCCACCUACAGCCCCCCAAUGGGACCAUUAAGUGAGCGCAAGGGUUCCAUGAUCUCAAUGGGCUCGUGCGAAGGUAAUGCCGAGACGCCUCUUAGCAAGUUUCUGGACCGGCUGCUCUCGCUCAUGGUGUGCAGCCACGAGAAGGGCGUGCAGAUCCGCAACAACGUCAAGGACCUUGUGGGCUUGGAGCUGAGCCCGGCCCUCUACCCCAUGCUCUUCAACAAGCUGAAGAACAGCAUCAGCCGCUUCUUCGACGCCCAGGGCCCGGUACCCAUCAAUGAGACCAACACACAGUUUGUGGAGCAGACUAUUGCUAUAAUGAAGAACCUGUUAGAUAACCACACAGAAGGCAGCUCUGAACAUCUUGGCCAGGCCAGCAUCGAGACCAUGAUGCUCAACCUGGUCAGGUAUGUGCGUAUUUUGGGGAACAUGGUUCACGCCAUCCAGAUCAAAACCAAGCUGUGCCAGCUGGUCGAGGUGAUGAUGGAGCGCCGAGAUGAUCUGUCCUUCUGCCAGGAGAUGAAGUUCAGGAAUAAAAUGGUGGAGUAUCUAACAGAUUGGGUGAUGGGAACCUCCAACCAGGCAGCUGACGAUGAUGUGAAGUGUCUGACCAGGGAUCUGGACCAGGCUAGUAUGGAAGCAGUAGUGUCCUUGCUAGCUGGGUUGCCACUUCAGCCAGAGGAAGGAGAUGGUGUGGAACUUAUGGAGGCCAAGUCCCAACUCUUCCUUAAGUACUUCACAUUGUUCAUGAACCUGCUGAACGACUGCAGUGAGGUGGAGGACGACGGGCAGCAGGUGGCUGGCCGGAAGCGGGGGAUGUCCAGACGCCUGGCCUCCCUCCGCCACUGCACUGUGUUGGCCAUGUCCAACCUGCUCAAUGCCAACGUGGACAGUGGCCUUAUGCACUCCAUUGGGCUUGGUUACCAUAAAGACCUGCAGACACGAGCCACCUUCAUGGAGGUGCUGACCAAGAUCCUUCAGCAGGGCACGGAGUUCGACACACUCGCUGAGACAGUACUGGCUGAUCGAUUUGAGAGGCUGGUUGAGCUCGUCACCAUGAUGGGGGACCAGGGCGAGCUGCCCAUUGCUAUGGCUUUGGCCAACGUAGUGCCUUGUUCUCAGUGGGACGAGCUGGCGCGGGUUCUGGUCACUCUCUUUGACUCGCGGCACCUCCUGUACCAGCUGCUGUGGAACAUGUUCUCUAAGGAGGUAGAACUGGCCGAUUCCAUGCAAACUCUCUUCCGAGGAAACAGCCUGGCCAGUAAAAUCAUGACCUUUUGCUUUAAGGUGUAUGGUGCUACCUAUCUGCAGAAGCUGCUGGAGCCCCUCCUCCGAGGUGUCAUCACGGCUCCUGAGUGGCAGAUGCUUAGUUUUGAGGUUGAUCCCACCAGACUGGAGCCCAAUGAAGUCUUGGAGGAAAACCAGCGCAACCUGCUCCAGAUGACCAACCGUUUCUUCCUGGCCAUUAUCAGCUCCUCAAGUGAAUUCCCCCCACAGCUGAGGAGUGUCUGUCACUGCCUGUUCCAGGCUACUUGCCACUCUCUACUGAAUAAAGCCACAGUUAAAGAGAAAAAGGAAAGCAAAAAAUCCGUGGUAAGUCAGCGUUUUCCUCAGAACAGUAUAGGAGCUGUGGGCAGUGCCAUGUUCCUGCGCUUCAUCAAUCCAGCCAUCGUCUCCCCUUAUGAGGCCGGGAUCCUCGACAAGAAGCCCCCUCCUCGGAUAGAGCGAGGGCUCAAACUCAUGUCCAAGAUUCUACAAAGUAUUGCCAACCAUGUGUUGUUUACAAAGGAGGAGCACAUGAGACCUUUCAACGACUUUGUGAAGAGUAAUUUUGAUGCAGCCAGAAGAUUUUUUCUGGACAUUGCUUCAGACUGCCCGGCCAGUGACUCAGUCAACCACAGCUUAUCUUUUAUCAGCGACGGUAACGUGCUGGCUCUGCACAGGCUGCUGUGGAACAACCAGGAGAAGAUCGGCCAGUAUCUCUCCAGCAACAGGGACCACAAAGCUGUGGGCCGGCGGCCUUUCGACAAGAUGGCUACUCUCCUGGCCUACCUGGGCCCCCCUGAGCACAAACCGGUGGCCGAUACACACUGGUCCAGCCUAAAUCUCACCAGUUCAAAGUUUGAGGAAUUCAUGACCAGACACCAGGUUCAUGAGAAAGAGGAGUUCAAAGCGCUGAAAACCCUCAACAUUUUCUACCAGGCUGGCACCUCCAAGAACGGCAACCCUGUUUUCUACUACGUCACCCGCAGGUUCAAGACAGGGCAGAUAAAUGGGGACUUGCUUAUCUACCAUGUUCUUCUCACCCUCAAGCCCUACUAUGCCAAACCAUACGAGAUAGUAGUGGAUCUGACCCACGCAGGCCCCAGCAACCGUUUCAAGACGGACUUCCUUUCUAAAUGGUUUGUUGUCUUCCCGGGCUUUGCCUACGAGAACGUAGCAGCCAUCUACAUCUACAACUGCAACACAUGGGUGAGGGAGUACACCAAGUACCACGAGAGGCUGCUGACCGGCCUCAAGGGCAGUAAGAAGCUGCUUUUCAUCGAUUCUCCUGCCAGACUGGCUGAAUACAUAGAGCCGGACCAGCAGAAACUGCCCGCUGCCACACUCAGCUUGGAGGAGGACCUCAAAGUGUUCCACAAUGCCCUCAAACUGGCCCACAAAGACACUAAAGUGUCCAUCAAGGUGGGCUCCAAUGCCGUCCAGGUGACCUCGGCGGAGCGCACGCGAGUGCUGGGUCAGUCGGUCUUCCUCAACGACAUCUACUAUGCCUCUGAAAUCGAAGAGAUCUGCCUGGUGGACGAGAACCAGUUCACAUUGACCAUCGCCAACCAGGGCACGCCCCUCACCUUCAUGCACCAGGAGUGCGAAGCCAUUGUGCACUCCAUCAUUCACAUUCGCACGCGCUGGGAGCUCUCUCAGCCCGACUCCAUCCCCCAGCACACCAAGAUCAGGCCCAAAGAUGUGCCUGGCACCCUGCUUAACAUCGCGCUCCUCAACCUGGGCAGCUCUGACCCCAGCCUGAGGUCUGCAGCUUAUAAUCUCCUGUGUGCCUUAACCUGCACCUUUAACCUGAAGAUUGAGGGCCAGCUCCUGGAGACAUCGGGCCUGUGCAUCCCAGCCAAUAAUACCCUCUUCAUCGUCUCCAUCAGCAAGACGCUGGCAGCCAACGAGCCCCACCUCACACUGGAGUUCCUAGAGGAGUGCAUCUCUGGCUUCAGCAAGUCCAGUAUUGAGCUGAAGCACCUGUGUCUGGAGUACAUGACUCCUUGGCUGCUCAAUCUGGUUCGCUUCUGCAAGCACAACGAUGACGCUAAGCGCCAGCGGGUCACCGCCAUCCUCGACAAGCUCAUCACCAUGACCAUCAACGAGAAACAAAUGUACCCCUCAAUCCAGGCCAAGAUUUGGGGCAGCCUCGGCCAAAUCACAGAUCUGCUGGACGUCGUCUUGGACAGUUUCAUUAAGACGAGUGCUACAGGAGGACUUGGGUCCAUCAAGGCUGAGGUGAUGGCCGACACUGCUGUGGCGCUCGCCUCUGGCAACGUCAAACUGGUGUCUAGCAAGGUCAUUAUCCGCAUGUGCAAGAUCAUCGACAAGACGUGCCUUUCUCCCACGCCCACGCUGGAGCAGCAUCUCAUGUGGGACGACAUCGCCAUCCUGGCCCGCUACAUGCUCAUGCUCUCCUUCAACAACUCGCUGGACGUAGCGGCCCACCUGCCCUACCUCUUCCACGUGGUCACCCUGCUGGUGGCCACUGGGCCGUUGUCCCUCCGCGCCUCCACCCACGGCCUGGUCAUCAACAUCAUCCACUCGCUCUGCACGUGCUCGCAGCUCAACUUCAGCGAGGAGACCAAGCAGGUGUUGAGGCUGAGUCUGACUGAAUUCUCUCUGCCCAAGUUCUACCUGCUGUUCGGCAUCAGUAAAGUCAAAUCUGCGGCCGUCAUAGCCUUCCGCUCCAGCUACAGGGACCGCUCCUUCUCCCCAGGCUCGUACGAACGAGAGACCUUCGCCCUCUCCUCCCUGGAGACGGUCACUGAAGCCCUGCUGGAGAUCAUGGAAGCCUGCAUGAGGGACAUUCCAGGGUGUAAAUGGCUCGACCAGUGGACAGAACUAGCCCAGAAGUUUGCAUUCCAGUACAAUCCAUCGCUCCAGCCCAGGGCUUUAGUGGUGUUUGGCUGCAUCAGCAAGCGAGUGACCCAUGGUCAGAUCAAGCAGAUUAUCCGCAUCCUCAGCAAAGCAAUUCCCCUGCUCAGCAUUGACCGGGGCCUGGAGAGCUGUUUAAAGGGGCCGGAGAAUUACAACAGCCAGGUGCUGAUCGAGGCUACAGUCAUUGCUCUCACCAAACUACAACCCCUGCUGGCCAAGGACUCACCGAUGCACAAAGCUCUGUUCUGGGUGGCUAUAGCUGUGCUGCAGUUGGAUGAGGUGAACCUGUACUCUGCAGGCACAGCCCUGCUAGAGCAGAACCUACACACGCUGGAUAGCAUGCAUGUCUUCAAUGACAAGAGUCCUGAGGAGGUGUUUAUGGAGAUUCGUAAGCCUUUGGAGUGGCACUGCAAGCAGAUGGACCACUUUGUAGGUCUCAACUUCAACUCCAACUUCAACUUCGCUCUUGUGGGGCAUCUGCUUAAAGGCUACAGACACCCCUCCCCAACCACCGUUGCAAGGACGGUACGCAUCUUGCACACGCUUCUCGGCCUGGUGGGCAAGCACCUCAACUGUGACAAAUUUGAGGUGAACACGCAGAGCGUAGCCUAUUUAGCUGCCUUGCUCACUGUGUCAGAGGAAGUUCGCAGCCGCUGCAGCCUCAAACAUAGGAAGUCCCUCCUCCUCUCUGAUGUCAGCAUGGAGAAUGUUCCCAUGGACACGUACUCUGUGCACAACAACGACCCCAGCUGCAGAACUUUGCGAGAGAACCAGCCGUGGGCAUCUCCUAAAGUUUCAGAGCGAUAUCUGGUUGCCCACUACCCCACCGUGGGGCAGAUCAGCCCCCGGACGCGAAAGUCUAUGAGUCUGGACAUGGGCCAGCCAUCGCAGGCUAACACCAAAAAGCUCCUCGGCACGAGGAAGAGCUUUGACCACUUGAUAUCAGACACUAAAGCACCAAAGAGACCAGAGAUGGAGUCUGGCAUCACUACACCUCCCAAAAUGAGGAGAGUGGCUGAGAACGAUUAUGAAAUCGAGACCCAAAGAAUCUCACAGCACCACCACCUGAGGAAGGUUUCCGUCUCUGAGUCCAACGUGCUGCUGGACGAAGAAGUCCUCACUGACCCAAAGAUCCAGGCUCUUCUUCUGACCGUAUUGGCCACGCAGGUCAAAAACACGACUGAUGAAUUUGACCAGAGAAUCCUCUAUGAAUUCUUAGCUGAGGCCAGCGUUGUCUUUCCAAAGGUCUUUCCUGUCGUCCACAAUCUGCUGGACUCCAAGAUCAACACGCUGCUGUCGAUGUGUCAGGAUCCAGACCUGCUGAACCCUGUACACGGCAUUGUUCAGAGUGUGGUCUAUCAUGAGGAGUCACCGCCGCAGUACCAGCCCUCCUACCUACAGAGUUUCGGCUUUAAUGGACUCUGGAGAUUUGCUGGUCCUUUUUCAAAGCAAACCCAGAUUCCAGACUACGCCGAGCUGAUCGUGAAGUUUCUGGACGCUCUGAUUGACACCUAUCUGCCAGGUAUUGAUGAAGAGGGCAGCGAGGAGGCCCUGCGGACGCCCACCUCCCCCUACCCCCCUCCCACCCAGAGCCAGCUCAGCAUCACCGCCAACCUCAAUCUCUCCAACUCUAUGACCUCACUGGCAACCUCUCAGCACUCACCAGGUCCUGUAGUUUAUAGACGAUCCCCAACUUUGCCCCAGUUGAGGUCUUCGGAAGUGGUGCCCCAGAAAAUGCCAACCUCUCUGCCUUGCUGUAAGUCUGCUGUAUUCGCCUCGCCUCUCGGCCGGCCAGGCAUCGAUAAGGAGAACGUGGAGUUGUCCCCGACCACAGCUCUGUCCACCAGCGGCCGCACGCGCCACGGCUCGGCCAGCCAGGUCCAAAAGCAGCGCAGCGCCGGCAGCUUCAAGAGGCCCAGCAUCAAGAAGAUCGUAUGAAGACGGCGCCGCCUGGCGGCCUCCCAGCGCCGCUUCACGCCAUGCUGCAUUUCUACUCCCACACUCCUUACUUCUCCUCGUUCCUGUUUUCCUUUAUUUUCUCGUUCGUUUUCUGCCUCAUCUCCCUUUUCAGCCAUACUUGCCUGACGAUCAAUAAGGACAAGUUCUCUUGCGUUUGUGAACCAGUCAGUGUUCGGUGUGCCGACGGGACAGAGUCCAACAUGACCUUCUGUGUUUAUAACGGAACUUCUGAUCGAAUCUUUUUAUCGAAAACCACAGCUCUUUAUUUUUUAUUCCAAACCAGUUGUCGAAAGGAAGCACUGAAAUUCAUGAGUUUGUUUGUUUGUUUGUUUGUUUAGAUGUCCGGAGCGCAUUGGGAUGUUUUAUAAGCAUUAAUUUACUUUCUUUCUAUUUUUUAUUGAUCUAAAAGAAGAAAGUAUUAACCAAGUCACUUUUUCAUUUUUGUUUUGUUCAUUUCUGUUGAUUCCGUGUGCUUUUGUUUUAAUCUUGGCUCGUUUUUAUUUCCUUGUAUGUUCUGUUGUUAAAGCAGUAAGGUUUUUUUUUGUUGACAGGUUGAGAGACAAGGCAGGUCAUCGGGAACAAAUGCAUAGUUUUUAACACAGACACUUAAUCAAAGUGGCUUCAAAGGAAAAGAGUUCGUCUCUAAUAGCUUUUCUAUUACAGUUUGUAUAUUUCCAGCUCUGAUGACGCAUCAAUGUUGUCCAGCACCGAGUCAGCUGCAAUAUUGAUCGUCCCUAUUAAAGCCCCUUCUGGAGGCAGUCCUGUAGGUCAGGGGCUGUAAUGAUUCUGAUGCUCUUUGCGUCUGCAGAUGGUACUGAUUCCCCCAGUGUUACAGUACUGUUUCUGAGUAUGAGGCUCCACAGGAUUUCAAGCAUGCUCAAGCUUUUAGGAUGAACUGGUACCUUAUUAGUGAUAUUGAAGGAUAAUUGGUUCUCAAGGUUUUUCUCAACUUUCAUCCACAAAGUCAGAUGUUCACACAGAUGUCUUGUCCAUUGUGCCUUUUCUGUCAGUAGAAGAAUUUUUAACUACAUAUGCAUUUAUAUACAGGUAGCAUUGAUGCUACAAGAAUGGCACCAUUCCCGAAGAGUCUCAGAACUCUAAAUUAACAGUGAGCGUCCAUAGUACUAAGCGUGCACGCUGCUUAUUAAAGAGCUCUGAUUUUAUAAGUUCUCACAGGGCUACUGUUGACUAGUUAGAGCUCCAUUCUGUCCCACAAUACUGUUUUAAAAAUGUCUGGGGUGCUGCACUAAAUACUGACUUUCACUAGUGAAAGAAGCCCCCUCUGCAUUUUGUCAAACAUAAACCAUAAGGCAGUUUCUUUUUCCACCUAGUUUCACCAAUAUAUAGUAAAAUGCAAAAAUUUUGGCACCCCUGGUCAAUGUUCAUAGUGUAAAUAAGAGAACACACUUCUGCGCAGCGUAAUGCACAAUUAGUGCUUUUUUACUGAAUUUAACAUAUUGGGAAAAAAUAAUGAAACAUAAAUAUUCCAAACAUGUUAAACUCAGCAAAUAAAUGGAUUGAAGUUUGUUCCCUGUAGGGGAUGAUAUCGCUUUUAUUAUCAUCUCCAUUUUUUGUGAUUUUUACUUUUUUGCAUCAUUUGAGCUCAGCAGUCGUCCUUUACAUUGUGUGAAAAUUUCAUGAUGAUCGGACCGUUAGAAAUGCUCCAAAAGUGCUUAGGAUAAAAUCUCUUUCCAUUAACUUACUUUGAAAGUAAGGAACGUUUUUGCCCUCUCCUAAAGCUACUGUUUUGGAGAUCAUUUUUCUCUGGACAGCGAUGAUAUGCUAGCUUAUUUGCACUUAGAAAAUCAACAAAGCGCCAUUUGACCAGGGGUACUCAAACUUUUGCAGACAAGUGUAUAUACGAAUUGGAGUCUCGAUGACAAAAUACUGGCCUGUCUGAUCACAGUCGAGUUCAGUACAAGCAAUGAAGUGGUAGAGUCUACUCUCCACCCCAGACGGCUUUCCACUCUCUUGGAACCGUGUAACAAAUUACUUUAACGUUAAAUUUUAGGUCGACAAAAGCUCUUCAGACUGUUUUGAACAUAUUUUGAAUUCCACUGAUUUUCUCAAAAUUUCUGCAUAGUUUCAUCGUUGAGAUGUAAACAAAGCCCUUCAGAGUGGUUUGAUGUGAAAUGAUUAAUUGUAGAGAAACUUGUCAGCUCAGAUUUCUUCACAGCAAUGGUGAAAGGAAUGGCUACUAUAGCACAAAUGUUUUCAUUUUUCACACAAAUGUAUUCAUUUUCCUAGCUGUCCAAAAUGACCAGUAAACCUACACGAGUGUUCAGAGUUUUCAUAUGUAAUACUGAACAGUAAAAUAGUGGUAAAUCAGAAAACAUACUUUUUUUUUGUUUUUGUUUUUGUGGUCCAUUAGUGAGGAACUUGUUUUCUUUGGUCAGGCAUCAGGCAGUGCAUACAUUUUACUUCCCGUAAUGUAAUUUUUACAGGAGUUAAACUCUGCAGACAUCUGGUUCCUAUUACCACCACUGUGAGCAAUUCUGACUCUGUAUGUUUCCCUACACUGGCACUUUUCACGUUAAACCACCCUGAAUGACUGUUUAAAUCUGAUUGAGCUUUGCAGAAAUUGGAGAGUUGGUGGAAUCCCUGUUUAAUUCUUGUCCAUUGAUAUCUGUUGCACUGCCUACUAGGGCUGGGUGACUGCUGUGGUACUGACCGAAUUACCAUAGUGCAGGUUAUGGUCAUGACCGAAUUACCAUAGUGCAGAGGUGCUCAAUCCUAGUCCUGGAGAUCUGCCACCCUGGAGCGUUCAGAUCCAACGCACCCGGCUCAUAUAGUCAGAUGCCCCUGAUGGCCUUGAUUACCUAGAUCAGGGUUGGAGGGUGGUAGAUCUCCACGACCAGGAUUGGGCACCCAUGCCAUAGAGUAUCGAAACCUCCUGCCUUACAGUAUCAGCUUUCACCCCUAAGUAGUCAGGCUUGUCAGCAUAAGAUAAUAAGCAUGGUCCAAAAUCUGGACUCCUGAUUGGCUGUCCAAAUUACAUUGCGUAAUAUACCCAAUUCCAGCACCUCGGAAUCAUUUGUGGUUUAAACCACACUCACUUUCAGUUUACAGUGUAUUAGUGUGGAAGAAUUUAGAGCGAUACGCAGCCCUGUUGCCUACAAAACAUUUGUUCAAACACAUUUAACUUCAAAAAUAAGCGGUCAAUCACAUGAUGUCAAUCAUUUGAAUGUCUUUGGAUUAGAAAGGGAGGACUUGAAGACUGAUUCAGUAUUAGGAGACAACUAUUCGCCACCUAAACAAUCAGAAAGAUCAAAAGAAGUAGUUUGUGUCGGGGUUGUCUCACUCAGACGACCAGUAUUGAAAGUGCGGCCUGUAGCACUCAAGCAUUAUGGUACUGAGUAGGUUCUGUGGUCCAUUAGUGAGGAACUCAAGCCCUGUGAUUGUUUACAGUGAAUCUAUACUUGAAUUAGAAAGUUCCUCUAAUAGAGGAAUGCGAAGGGAAUUUCUGGUGAUUUUAACUGAUCAUGAGAACCAGAAGAGAUUGGAACUGAACCAAAGUUUAGGAAGUGCAAUAUAGUCCAAGUUUAUGAUGUCCACUCCUUCUGCAUCACGUUCUGGAAUAGUCGCUGAACAGAAAUGCUUUAGCAGGGAUGGUUGUUGGCUUCUCGAAUGGUGGUUUGUGGACCAAGCCUUGGUUUGCUGUGAGUUUGGGGAGGGAAUUUGGGAAUUUUACCCUUCCAACAUUCAAAUAUUAAGCCUUUCAAGGAUAUUGUGAUGUGAACUCAUGAACUGUCCCCCUCUACCACAGGAUAGCAUCUGCAAUCCUGGGCUGCCAGAGCUUUUUUCCAGAUAAGAAUGAAACUCGACAUGGGUAAAGGUUAAUCUUAAUGAGGUGGCAUUGCGAGAGAUUAGAGAACAUUGGAGAUUUAUUCCGUAUUAGGGCUUUUUUGUGCAUGCAUUCACUUUUUUGUAUAUGUUAGAUUACGUUCUGUUUUACUAAUCCACAGUGAGGUAAAUGCUGUUGUCAUUACUUGGCCUUAUAAUCCUCUUACCUUAAUUUAUAUAUUUUUCCGUACGACUGUAUUUACAUCAGGGCCAAUUAUGUUCAUGAAGCUUUAAUGUUCAGGUUUGGAUGAAAAUGGUAAACUUGGCUAGAAGAAUAAUCAGAGGGUGUUUUAAAAAAAAACACCAUCAUGAAUUAGAUGCCAAGCCUCGGCUUGACCAUGGAGACUUGUGAAGUGAGCAGACAAUGACUUGCCCUCAUCGUGGGAGGUUGUGUGUGUGUGUGUGUGUGUGUGUGUGUGUGUGUGUGUGUGUUUAGACCUAGACUUUCACUACACCCUAACUAGUUAAAUUCUCAUCCGCCGAGGUUAUGCAAAACUGAGAUUUCUGAACAUUUUUGUUUUUUGUUUUUCCCCUCAUUUUUUACGCAGUCAGCUUCACAUCUGUAAAUAAUUUUGUGUAAAAAAAAAAUGAAAAGGUAUAUUUACUACACUGUAAAUACAUGUGAUGAUAUAUUGUAUUAUUUUGCUUUUUGUAAAGCAGUUAAUUGCUGUACAUGUACAACAAACUAUGAAUUAUUGUUGUGUUGGUAAUGAAGCCAUCCAUCAUGUUCACGUUCGCAUUAACGUCGUUCAGCGUUGAGGAUAAACAGAUGGUUUAAAAAACUGAAGAUCUUAGACAACUGUGUACUCUAAACCCCAUUGUAUAAUAAAUUCCUGUUACCAUCUGAUUUCACAUUUACACAUUACACUAAUAAAGUAAAAUCUGUCCAG